AUGCGGGGUGGGAGGGGCGUGGCGUUCAGCAGGGACGCUCUGAAAUGUCCUCUCAGGGUCGGCGUGUUGUGGAAUGACGUAAUGUUACACCUGUACCGGGCCGUCUCUGCAGGUGGUGGUCGGCAUUCCAGGCUGAGUACAGCUUAUGGAAGAAGAAUCAGUGUCCGGUUUUCCAGUUCAGGAAUGACCUUAGACAGUAUCAGUCGGGCAGCUGUGGAUCGAAUAAUCCGGGUGGAUCACGCAGGUGAAUAUGGAGCGAACCGAAUCUAUGCAGGACAGAUGGCCGUCCUGGGCCGGACCAGUGUCGGGCCAGUCAUUCAGAAAAUGUGGGAUCAAGAAAAGGAUCACUUGAAAAAGUUCAACGAGUUGUUGGUUGCUUUCAGGGUGCGGCCGACGAUUCUGAUGCCCUUUUGGAAUGUGGCAGGGUUUGCACUGGGUGCGGGAACCGCCCUGCUUGGGAAGGAGGGAGCAAUGGCCUGCACUGUGGCUGUGGAAGAGUCCAUAGCACAUCACUAUAACAACCAGAUCAGGACGCUGAUGGAGAAGGAACCUGAAAAAUACACGGAACUUCUUCAGGUGAUAAAGAAAUUUCGGGAUGAAGAGCUGGAGCACCAUGACAUAGGCCUUGAACAUGAUGCACAACUGGCUCCAGCAUACACCGUCUUGAAGAGCCUCAUCCAGGCCGGAUGCAGCAUGGCGAUAUAUUUAUCAGAAAGAUUUUAAACUCUGACCUUUCAGGGGAAAUGUGAUUUUAAAAUUGGACACCAUCCAAAGAUGAUGCCAGGAGAACAAAGGAUGUUAUUUUGCAAGCAGCAUAGUUCCAAAGAGGCAACCCAAGGUACAGUUCUUUGCAUGUAUUUGAUUCUCUUGCUACUCAAAGCAUCGUCCACAGACCACCUGACAGCAUGUGAGAAAUACAAAACUCGGACCUCCUCCCCAGACCUUCUGAAACAGAAUCUGCAUUUUUAACAAGAUGUGGUCGUUUUAGACUCUGUCCCCACAUUCCUUGAUACUCCUCUUUGCGGGAGCCCAAUUCCCCUUGCCUUGAGUGUGGGCUGUGCACUUGGUGACUUGUUUCUCACCAGUGGUAGAAAUGAUGGAGUGUGACCGCCCAGGCUGCCAGCUCAUAAAAGACUAUUUCAGCUUUCACCUCUCUCUCUGGGAUCACUCAGUCUAGGGAAAGCCCACUGCCGUGUGGUAAGAACGCUCCAGUGGUUAAUCUGUAGAGAGGAUCACAGGGCGAAGAGCUGAGACCAUCUGCCAGUAACCAUGUAUGGGCACCAUCUGGGGAGAGAAGCCUUUAGCCCCAGUCCUGCCGACAUCCUGUCGGCAACCUCACGAGAGACCCGGAGCCAGGAUCACCCAGGUAAACCACUCUGUCCUGACUGUCAGCAGCUACUUUUGAUAAUAAAUGCUUAUUGUUUUCCGCU